UCGUCGCCAUUUUGAUUAUUUACGUUUAUUACACGUGUUAUCGACAUGGUCAAUGGAUUCUCUAGUUUGAAUACUUCACAAUGCCUGCCCACUGCUGUGCAUAUGGCUGUAAAAAUAGACAGAUACCAGGCGCAGAUCUCAAGUUUUUCAGAAUACCUAGGGACCCUCACCUGAGAGCAAAGUGGGUUUGGGUCUUUAAGCGAGAUGAUUGGGAGCCCACCGAACAUUCCAGAAUAUGUUCCAAACAUUUUAUAAAUGGUCAUCCAUCCAGGGAACCAACAAAUCCAGAUUAUGUACCAUCCAUAUUUUCAUACAAGGCUCAACCCAAUGAUUCCCUUCAAAGUAAAGUCCUUCGACAUCAGCGUCUCUUAGAACGUAAAGAAAAUAUUGCAAAGUUGGAAUCUGCUGCAGCUCUGCUUUCAUUGGGAAAUGAACUACCAACAUGGGUGCCAGGAAUCUCCACUCAAACUCCUGUUGCAUCUUCAUGUGAAAUAUCUAUUCAGACAGACAUUACCCUGCCAGUGAUGGAAAGUUUGAUAUUCACAAACCAGUAUCUCAAGCAUGUGUGUGACAAUCAAAAAGCAACUAUUGAUGACUUGACUUUCCCUCAAGAUGAGUUGCAAACCCGGUGUGACCAACAAUUAAAAGAACUGCAGAACUUGAGGAAUUCAGUGCAAAAACUCGAGUCAGAUAACAGAAUUUUGACGGAGGAAAUUGAUAGAAAGACCUUAAGUUACAGUGCCAUUAAGAACGAUGACAAGAGAACCAGAUUUUACACUGGUUUUCCUAACCUUUCUACAUUGGAAAAUGUGUUUGCUGUUGCAUCCAGGAAAGUUAAACGGCGGAAAACAAAGCUGCAACAAGAGGAUGAACUGCUGCUAACUGCUGCUAACGUUAGUGAAGUAGAGAAGGAAUUUGGCUAUGGACGAUCUCGCCUAUCGAUUCAACAUCAGCCAGUCUUCUGUCACAAACAUUUUUCACUCGUGGUUAGAUGCAUUGUACCAAAGUUUAGGUGGACUAGUUGUGUGACCGGAAACUGA